AUGGCCGCCAGCGUAUGGUCGGCAACCGAGUUCCAGGUCACUGUUCCUACGAAGGCGGCUGCCAAUAGUGUGGCCAGGGCGCUUGCGGAGCGAGGUCAUAGACUCGCUGUGGCCAGGGAGGUUGAUCACUACACCCGAGUCCCUUUGAGUUUCUGGUACAAUAAGCCGCCAUUACGGCCUGAUUUAGCAGGCCACUGGGAUAUGAUUUCCCUGCUCAUCGAUUCGCCGCCAGACGGCGAUGUACACUGGUGGAUCUUUCAAGAGCAGCGCAAGGUGGAGGAGCUGGCACAAAGCCAUGGUGGUCGGGGGAGAAUUUUGUCUUAUCUCCCUUCAGCGGAGGAGGCCUUGAAGAACUUCAAUCGCGAAGGAUUGUUGUUUGAAUUGGACGAGCAUCUGGCGUCCAGGCGUCGCAGGGCAGCAUUACGUGCAUUUCCUGCGAGGAUGCCGAUACAAGUCGACGCAGAUGCAGAGGUCGUUGAGAGCGAAAACUUACCAUCCGGUCCAGGUGAACCGAUCGCACUGCACGGUCUCCAAGAUGUAGACUGGCCAUCCUUGGAACACGCCUACGGGCCGGCCACCGAUGUUCCCAAGAUGUUGCUAGGAAUUUCAUUUAAUGACAAUCACUGGGAAAUUAUACUUGACAAAUUCGUCGGCGCUGUGUUACAUCAAGGCGACAUAUACAGUGCCACCGCCCCUUCAAUGCGAUUUGUGGCCACCAUCGCUGGCGCCCCUGAGCUCUCUGUUGGGAGGCGCCAAAGGAUGCUUUAUGUCCUAUUUAUGGCUGGGGCAGAGGUUGACGUUCGCGAGGCAUGGGGCUCCAAAAUGGGGAAUAUAGAGCUGGAGGUACGUGACAGCGUGACUUCUCGAGUACCGCAACUGCUCAAAUUGUGGCCUUCUGUUUCUCGAUCAGAGCAACGCUUCCUAUUGUUCCUCGCAGCUCUUGCCGGUCUCUCGGUUCCAGAGAAGAUGAAUUUACGGGAUUCAGCAGGCCGGAUUGCACAGACUAUGAUCGAAGACCUCAAUACCGCUGAAGAGCUCCUCAAAAAUCUAGCAAGAAGUAAUGAAGAGCUUAUUGAAUUAGCCGCUCAUGACGGUCCUUUGAAGCCGCGUCUGAUUGCAUCGAUUCUCUUACUUCUGGAUUCUCGCUCUGCCUAG